AUGACAGACUCGCUGAAAGUUGGACUUGAACCCCAGAAUGAAAAUAACUCCAAGUCAAGUACCGGCUUGGAAAUAAGUGAAAUCCCAGAUUCAGAGACAGGAGAGGCUCUCAAAAUUCAAGAUUCUGUGAUCGAAGGUGCCUUGGAAAAGAACUUCGAUAUUUGGGGUAUAGUUGGAAUUGUCUAUUCAUCCAUAGGUACACCAAUUACACUGGGCACGUAUCUCUCCACCGUUAUUGGUGUUGGGGGAGCUCCAUUCUUCUUCUAUGCGUACUUGUUUGCAGGUGUUUUUUGCUUGCUCACGGCCUACUCCAUGUCGGAGAUGGCAUCAGUUAAUCCGCACUCCUCUGCUUUAAUCUACUGGUCUCAUCUGUACGCUCCUCGAAAGUAUGCCAGAGCCCUCGCCUAUCUAAGUGGUAUUUUAUCAUGUGCUUGUUGGAUUUUUGGAGCAACUGCCACCAGUUUUUUUGUUUCUGAGCUCGUUUUGGGUUUAGUCAAAAUGCGUCAUCCGGGUUAUGUGAGCCAGACCUAUCACUACUACCUGGUUUUCCUGGCUAAUGUGACAUUAUCAGCUGUGGUUAACAUAUUUGGAACGAGACUCAUUCCUCUGGUGGCCAGAGCUGUGACAUAUAUUUUCAACCUUGGAACAAUUUUUACGCUUGUAGCGUUGUUGGCCAGAGCACACCCAAAGCAAACCGCCGCUUUCGCUUUCAAGGAUGUCACCAACCUGACAGGAUGGAAUUCAAACGGUGUUGUGUUUUUCAUCAGUAUUUUGCCUACCACUGCUUCCUUGGCAUUGUUUGAUGGUGCAUGUCACAUGACGGACGAAAUUCCAAAUCCCAGAAAAAAUAUCCCAACCGUGAUUACGUAUGGUUAUUCAGGUGCAUAUCUGAUUGGAUUUGUUGCAAUAUUGGUUUACAACUUCUGCAUUGUCAAUCCAGAAAAUCUGCUUGACCCUGUCGGUGGGAUUCCCCUUUUCCAGCUCUAUGUGGAUUCCUUGCACAAUGACGGAUUAGCUAUAGUAUCUGCGCUGAUUGUUAUUGUGGGAUUUAUCUGCGGGAGUAUGGGAGUCGUUACAUCGGCCAGCCGUCUGGUCAUGGCCUUUGCAAAUUUCGAAGGUAUUCCUUUUGGACGAGCCAUCGGCUCGGUAAAUACCAGACUUAAUGCACCUGUCUGGGCAUUACUGUUCAAUGCAACCUUGUGCUCUUUGCUGGGUCUUCUUGUAUUUGCAUCAAGCACAGCAUUGAAUGCUAUUUCGGGAAGCUACAUCUCCACCAUGUAUGUUGCAUAUCUAGUUCCAUUUGUCGCUUUGGUCUUCAAAAAGGACAGAUACGGAGAGGGAGUAAAACCUUUAUUUAGCCUUGGCAGAUGGGGAAGACCAAUCAACAUCAUUUGUAUUUUGUGGUUCUUGUUUGCGUCAGCCUGGUUAUGUGUUCCAUCCUACGUGCCAGUUACCGCUAACUCCAUGAAUUAUACCGUUGUUGUGUUAUGUGCUGCUGUCAUCGUCGCCGUUGUGAACUGGUUCGUUUAUGCACGGAAGCACUUUUCUAUCGAAGUUAUAGAAAAGUAUGAAGAAAAGCUCGAGAACUAG